GGAAAAGCCGUAGCCACUCAGUGAACAGCCUACGUGGUCGUGCAAUCUGUGCAAGCUAACGUUCAUAUGACAGCGGUGUUCAGUUGCCAGGGACGAGAUGACUUCGGCAGUGGCACUGUUUUUGGUCUGGGUUCAGAUGGGCGCUGUUGCUGGUGCAGCCCUGAACUUGACCCAGACGUCACCUCAAGCUUUCUUGGGACUAUCGUUGCAAUUCAAGUGUGCCCUGACGACGGCAGGCACAACGGGAGCCUUGCUCUUCCAAAGGAACACAUAUGUCAAGUGUUCGGUGAAGAGAGAUGAUUGUACCCAAUACACCUCCGACCAUCGCUCCCAGACACAGUACACGUGUGGGUGUGGACGGCAGAGUGACGGCAACUACGUCUACAUCCUCAACGCCACCUCCUUACACGACGAUGUUGAAGGAAGCUGGAAAUGUGAAUAUCAAGCGUUUAGCAACACCAUCAACAUUAAGCUGACGGACUCCGAGGGUCCAACACAGAUGCAAUUGGACAAGACAGAACCCCAGACAAAGGAGGGAGGUAGUGUCAACCUGACCUGCUCCGCCAACUGUCUCCCCGACUGUCGUUACAGCUGGACCAAGGACGGACAGGACCUGACCAGUCGGGCCAGGGGUAGUCGGGGUCAAGUCCUGGCACUGAAGGGGUUGGUGGGCGACGACAGCAGUAACUACACCUGCACAGCCGUCAACCCCUCAUCUAACAAAGCCAGCGACAUCUCCGCGUUCCUUCUUGUUCAGACUGGUCCGAAAAGAAAAGACGGCGCAUCCUUCACUCCGACCUUGAGAACUUCGAAAGGUCAAACGGCCAGAUUGGAGGCGACCUUCACCGGUGACCCUCGACCAGAGCUGACCUGGUGGAAGAUUGAAGAGGGUGCUCUGACCCCUGUGAAGAAUGGUUCUGGAGAGACGGUGCGUCAAGAUACCCUAGGGGGAGCGGGUGACAGUCUGACAGCUGAGUUGGAGGUUAAGGUGGAGACGGACGACGACCUGGGCAUGUACUGUGUCUCAGCCGAGAACAUCGUCGAUACGACCUUUGUCUACAUUGACCUGCAAGGUGAAGGUCAUCAGCCUGUGGGUGCAGUUUGCGGCCAAGCUGAAACAGGAUAUCCAACGUUCGAAAUCGGCGUCAGCGUCGGCGUAGGUGCCAUGUUUGCCAUCGGAAUCGUCGUUGCUGUUGUAUUCUACAUAAAGUACCAGACGAUGAAGAGAGAGUUGGAAUCCCCAUAUGCUUCAACUAACAGACGCCCCAGCGGGAUGGAUCCCAACCACUACCAGGAACUGCCCUGCCCCAAGAUGUGGAGUAAACAGCUGGAGGACGGGGGGUACAUUCUGCCGGUGGAGGGUCACCUUGAGGUGUUCUCGACAAAGGUUGACAUGAAGCCGGUUGAGGGCAAGGUCAUCACUACCAAUGCGGCAACCAAUCCCGUCUACGACCACAUCAGCCUCUUCGACGAUGGUACCUUCCCUAGACAGAACAGCAACUGUAGCACCAGCAGCAGCUGAAGCGCUUGGCCUGACAUGGACGAUGUUGAAAAGGGGCACUGACCAAUGUCCAGUCCGUUCACUCAAACGACGCCUAUCUGUGGACACAUCAGAAGAGAAGUGUUAAGAAACAUUGCUUGUCUUUGGUCCUUCACAAUACAAUGUCCAUGACCAACACUUGUUACAUUCCAAUGUUCCUAUCACCUAGCCUCUUUAUUAAUGCUGGUAUCAAAGUGUAUAUAUUUCUCUGAUAUUAACUUGGACCUACCAGCUGUUGUUUGUUGCUGUUAAGAUGAGAUUGCCAUGCAUGGCACACAACAUACAGUACCACCGUUAACCUCAACUCUACAACAACCCCGCUCUGUCGCACACACAUCGGGAAUGUAGGUCUGUGUGUCGAGAGAAUCCAUCUCG